UCUUGUUUCUUGUUUUCAGAUGCUCGGUCCUUCCUGGCUUUUGGCUGCAGCAGUCUUGUGUUUUCACAGUCCAUAUGCAGAUGGCCGCUGCUUGGAUUUGAUAGACUGCACGGGCCUUAAAACUAAUGAACAAAAACUGCAGUGUAUCAGGCAGUGCAGAUCAGCGCAAGAAUCCUCCAAUUACGGGAGAGUUUCUUCAUCUGAACAGCAGAACAGUGAAGAAGAGAGCCUGAGUUUGGGUUUGCUCUUAUCGGCUCUGUCUCCUGAUUCAACUGAGCUCAGAGACGCUACUGGAGAAGCCCCUCACAACGACGAGAGGAGGUCUUACUCCAUGGAGCACUUCCGCUGGGGCAAACCCAUGGGCCCCAAACGCCGACCCGUCAAAGUCUUGACAAGUGGCGCCCUGGAGGUGGAGGAGCCUGAGGAGUCGGCGAGAAGCAUCCGCGUGGAACGAGGGCAGAACGGCACGCUGGACGUUCAGCAGAGGAACAACGCAAAGAGCAACGGGAAGUAUCGCAUGACCCAUUUCCGCUGGAACACCCCACCUGACAAGCGCUACGGAGGCUUCUUGAGGCCGUAUUCAGAUCAAUCCCAUAAACCCCUGCCCAUGCUCAUACGAAACGUCAUUGUUAAAGACGCACAGCAGUUCAGAGAUUAAAAGAGGAGAGAAUGGACAGAAUUUUUGGUGUCAAAACAUUUAAAUGUGUAACAUGUAAC